CUGAGCAUUGAUGCAUUGAUUGAUGUCUCCCAGUCUUCCAGUCUCCUCCACAAUCUCUCUCUCUGUCGCUCUAGCUCUCGCAGCCAUCAACUUUGACGGUGCUUCCCUCUCCUCUACUCUCCCUUCCAUGUCAAGGUACGCAAGAACGUUAGCGGGCCGACGCUGAUUCGAUCCCCCUCCGCCGCCGCCGCCGCGGCAAGAAAAGCCCCGUGUCGACCCGGGUGAUGGGCCUUCGCUCCUCCCUCCUCCAAUGGCCAAACCGUGUCUCCUCCUCCUGAUCGAUCCCAUCCUGCCCAUCACCGGCAUUAAUCUCCUCCUCAUCCUCCUCCACUCCCUUUUAUAACUCGCGCUGUCUCGCCGGUUCUCCCGGUACCAGCUGGCCAUUCCCUCGAGUGGGUUGUUCUUGAUUCGAUCCCAUUCCUCCGGGGGUGUCGGGGGGCCCCGCUUUGGGGAAAAGCGCUCGUUUCCCCCGAUUUCUUGGGCGACCCAGAAAACGCGGGAAGCUUUGAUCCGGUAAAGUUCGAAUCUUUCGGCUCCGCGGUCCGUACGUCUCGCCGAUCCGUUAACUCCCCGCUGGUUUGAUUCCGCUGAGAUUGAUCGAUAGGGAUGGCCUCGGUGUUUAUAUACCAUGUGGUUGGUGAUUUGACCGUGGGGAAGCCUGAGCUGGUGGAGUUCGUCGAGACGGACACGGUCGAGUCGGCGAUAGCAGCAAUUGGAGAGUCGACAGAAGGAGGGAUACCAGUGUGGAAGAGGAGAUUGUUGCCCGGAAGUGUGGUUGAGAGCGCCGAGAUGAGGCAGCAGAGGUUUGUGGGUAUCUUGGAUUCUCUUGAUAUCGUCACUUUUUUGGCGAGGAAUGAGUGUUUGCAAGAUCAGGAGAGAGCCAUGAAGACCCCUGUGUCGGAGGUUGUUGUUGCCAAUAGUUCUUUGCUGAGAUUGGUUGAUCCUGGAACAAGACUGAUAGACGCACUGGAGAUGAUGAAGCAGGGAGUGAAGCGUCUUCUUGUCCCGAAGAGCACUGUGUGGAGAGGCAUGAGCAAAAGAUUCUCAAUUUUGUACAACGGCAAGUGGCUUAAGAACAACAGCAGCAACAAUCUUGCUGUCAAUACCAACCGCCCUUCCUCGUCUUCCACCACCUUUGUCCGUGACAAGUUUUGUUGCCUUUCCAGAGAAGACAUCCUCAGAUUCCUCAUUGGUUGCCUAGGUGCACUUGCGCCAUUGCCUCUUUCCUCCAUCUCAUCCCUUGGAGCUGUCAAUCCUAACUACAGUUCUGUGGAUGCCUCUUCACCUGCCAUCGAAGUGACAGGGAAGCGACCUCAAGACCCCAGAGCGCUUGCUGUCGUGGAGAAUUCACCAGAUGGUGAACACAAGAUAAUUGGUGAGAUUUCAGCCUCCAGACUGUGGAAAUGUGACUAUGUUGCUGCAGCCUGGGCUUUAGCCAAUCUCUCUGCUGGUCAGUUUGUGAUGGGGGUCGAAGAUAACAUGACUCCGAGGUCACUGCCUGAAAUUCAAGCCAACAACUCAAAAGUUGGACCCAGUAACGGUAUGGCCAAUGGAGUUGGGUCAAACCGGCUGAGGAAGUUCAGCAGUAGGAGCAUCGGGUUCUUCAGCAACCCAACAAGCCCGAGUUUUGGCGCUAGUAGGAGCAUGUACAGGGGAAGAAGUGCGCCCUUGACAUGUAAGGUCACAAGUUCAUUAGCUGCAGUAAUGGCUCAGAUGUUGUCUCACAGGGCCACUCAUGUAUGGGUGACUGAGUCUGAGAGCGAAGACAUACUAGUCGGGGUGGUGGGUUGCGCAGACAUUCUGGUCGCCGUGACAAAGCAACCACCGCCUAGUAUUCCAUCGAAUCGAUCCAUUGAAGGACUUGCAACAGCAUCAGAGAUUCAGAGCUGAUGACAUCUUUUUGCUGUACCUUUUUUCAUGGAUAUAGACUGUAUGUAACAGUAUAUUUGUUAGUGUGAUUCUUCUUUAUGAACUCUUCUUUUCAGUGUUGUUAAUAGACGGGAGACAAAGGACCUCUGGGGCUUUGGGAUUCAUAAAGUUAUGCCUGAAAUAGCAGCUGUUAAGAACUUAAAGAUUGGCUGGUUUGUCACCUAAGUGAUUAAGAAUGUCAUUGCAAAGGACUGUUUUUAUCUUAUUGAGAAAUUUGUUUCAUUA